AGCAGUAUUGGAGUCCGUAACUAAGACAGGGCUAGAGUCUUUCAAAGCUUCCACAUUUUGAACGCUUUAUUCGACAAAUCUAGUUUGUUAAGAAGUGUUUCUUCAGCGCGCAGUGCGUCUGGAAGAUAUCCGUGGCAAUGAAGCAUCUCGGUUUAUUUUAUUUCACGUGAUCACGUCCGUCAAUAACCGGGAGACGUCUGCUGUCCGUUUUGAUCAGUGCUGCUCAGCCCGCUACAUCUUAAUUUGUAGUUUCCGUCUUUUUUUUUUUAGUUUUGAAGUGUAUGUGUGUUGCUGCCGGGGGCGUUGAAAAUACCGUUAUAGUAUAGCAGUAAUGGCGUUUGUAUGCGUAACAAGAAAAAGAAGACUGGCUUUUACCAAACUGGAGAGGAUCGUCUUGCAAAUGCGGUUUUGGAUCUCUGACAGCUGAUGUUCAAUAUAAGCUUUGUCAUUCCGAAACGAUAGAUUUGUCCUUGAUUUUCGGAUUGGAAAACCUCAUUGUACCUUUGCUAAUUUAAUCUUUGUGUUAUGUUUUCUUUCUAGUGAAUGUUACAUACUGUCAUAAUAAAACAAUGGCACUUCUGUGGUUGUAUUUAAAUAUUGUUGCUUAUGGAAUUAACAUAUUCGUUUUUAUAAAAUAUGCACGUUAAUGAGUUAAAUACAUCAACUUCACUUUUAAAAUACAUCUUUAGUUCUUAUUUUGUAAAUUAUUUUUUUCUGUUAAAUAAUCCAUUGCGUUUAUGUAUGGUUGCUAAGUGGCCGUCUAGUUUUGGUAAGAAAUAAAAAAUCUGUUUCCUUGGAAACACCAGACUGUAGGACAGCGAAAUCAACUACCACCAUUUUCCAGACUGGGAGGUCCCAAUUGAUGGAUUCUGACAUGGACUAUGAGAGGCCAAACGUCGAAACUAUCAAGUGCGUGGUGGUCGGAGACAAUGCCGUUGGAAAGACGCGUCUCAUCUGUGCCCGUGCCUGCAAUGCCACCCUCACGCAGUACCAGCUGCUCGCUACACACGUGCCCACUGUCUGGGCGAUAGACCAAUACCGUGUCUGUCAGGAGGUGCUGGAGCGAUCCCGGGAUGUAGUAGAUGAUGUUAGCGUGUCCCUGCGUCUCUGGGACACUUUUGGAGAUCACCACAAAGACCGCCGAUUCGCUUACGGCAGGUCGGAUGUCGUAGUUCUGUGUUUCUCCAUUGCCAAUCCCAACACUCUGCACCAUGUGAAGACCAUGUGGUACCCGGAGAUCAAGCACUUCUGCCCACGGGCACCCGUCAUCCUGGUAGGCUGCCAGCUGGACCUGCGCUACGCGGAUCUGGAGGCUGUGAACAGGGCGCGGCGCCCCCUAGCCAGACCCAUUAAGCCCAAUGAGAUCCUGGCUCCAGAGAAGGGCAGGGAAGUGGCCAAGGAGCUAGGUGUGCCGUACUACGAGACGAGCGUGGUGGCCCAGUUCGGGGUGAAGGAUGUCUUCGACAAUGCCAUCCGCGCCGCCCUCAUCUCCCGCCGUCACUUGCAGUUCUGGAAGUCCCACCUGCGCAAUGUGCAGCGCCCGCUCCUACAGGCGCCCUUCCUGCCGCCCAAGCCCCCGCCGCCCAUGAUCACGGUGCCCGCGCCCCCCUCUACCACCGAGGAGCACCCGGGCCGGCUGCUGGAGGACCCGCUCUGCGCCGACGUUAUCCUGGUCCUGCAGGAGCGCCACCGCCUCUUCGCCCACAAAAUCUACCUGGCCACGGCCUCCUCCAAGUUCUUCGACCUCUUCUCGAUGGACCUCAGCCCCGAGGAGGAGGACGAGCGGCAGACCCCCAGGAGCCAGGCGCUGUCCGGCCGGGACCUGUUCAUGCGAGCCGCCAGCUUCGACAUGUGUGAGAACAGCGGAGAGGGCGACCGCGCCAGCCUGCGGGCCUCCACGAGUGACGGCACCCUCCGGGGGGGGGGCUCCUACGGCAGGGGGCGCAGGGGCCGGCUGCUGUCCUCCUGGAGCCGGGCCUUCAUCAGCAUCCAGGAGGACAUGGUGGAGGACCCUGUGACCUACAGCUCCCGCCUGAUGACCGUGGUGCGCAUGGACCCCUCCAUCCAGCUGGGCCCGUUCCGAGCGGUGCUGCGCUACCUGUACGCGGGCCACCUGGACGAGCGCGAGAAGGAGCUGAUGCACAUCGCGCACAUCGCCGAGCUGCUGGAGGUCUUCGACCUGCGCAUGAUGGUGGCCAACAUCCUCAAUAACGAGGCCUUCAUGAAUCAGGAGAUCACCAAGGCCUUCCAUGUGCGGCGCACCAACCGAGUCAAGGAGUGCCUGGCUAAGGGCACGUUCUCAGAUGUGGUGUUUAAGUUGGACGAUGGCACAAUCCUAGCUCACAAGCCCCUGCUCAUCUCUAGCUGUGAUUGGAUGGCUGCUAUGUUUGGGGGGCCCUUUGUGGAGAGCUGCACCAAAGAGGUGCUUUUUCCCAACACAACGCGUAGCUGCAUGCGGGCGGUGCUGGAGUACCUGUACACGGGCCGCUUCUGCUCCCGGCCAGACCUGGAUGCCAUGGAGCUCAUCGUCCUGGCCAAUCGCCUCUGUCUGCCUCACCUUGUGGCGCUCACAGAGCUGUACACUGUGACAAUGUUGAUGGAGGCAGCCAUGAUGGGAGUUGACAUUGAUGGAGAUGUGCUGGUGUACCUUGAAAUGGCGCAGUUUCACUGUGCGCAUCAGCUCACCGACUGGUGUCUCCACCACAUCUGCACCAACUACAACAGUGUGUGUCGCAAGUUCCCACGUGACAUGAAGGCCAAAUCUGCAGAGAACCAAGAGUAUUUCGAGAAGCACCGCUGGCCGCCCGUCUGGUACCUGAAGGAAGACGAUCACUACCAGAGAGCGCGCAAGGAGCGAGAGAAGGAGGACUACCUGUACCAGAAGCGCCAGUGCAAGCGCAAGUGGCUCUUUUGGAACCUGCCUUCCUCCCCAUCCUCCAGUUCGUCCUCCUCCUCCUCCAGCUCUUCUGCUGUGGUCUGAUUAGCUCUUGAAGGCCCUGCCCAACCCUUGGAAAGAGGAGCCAGGGGGGCGUGGAUGGGAAAUUCGGCAACAAAACAGGUUGCACCCGAGGCCUUGACAUCUAGGCCCACCUUCACCGCUCUGGGGUGUUUCUGCGGGGGAGUAAAUAGCACUGUACCCUUGGCUGUGCAGUUUUGGAUUGGAAGGUCCUUUCAGAGCAGGAGAACAUUUAGGUCAGGCUCAUGUUUUUUUUCCCCUUUCACGUCUUGCUUGUUUUCCCCAUAGAGAGCUGUGGAACAUCAAUUUCUGUGGAGUGCAUUGGCCUCGAAUAUGAAGAUUUUCCUUCUCUGGGACACGUGAGGAGCAAAAGCUGUCAAGUGUAUCUGGAGUAUUCAGGAUCAAUGUGGGGAGAAAACAUUCACGAUGAGCCAGUACGCCAGUCCUCUUGUUGAUGCUGAUACCAGCUGAUGUUUCUUUUGCUUGGGUGCCCUACUAGAGGAAGUAUGACAAAGGCAGAAAUAAAAACCUUUGGCAUGCUGACAUCUUCCAGGAUUUGCAGCUAACACCACCUUUCAAACUGCUAAUGAUUCUGAUUAUGUGUCAGUUGGUGAAUAUGUGUCUCAUUAAAUGACCAGCAAAACAGUUAAACAACAAGUCUGUAUUUUGACACUUUGUAAGCCCAGUCAUAAUGUAUGCCAAAGUGACUGGGUAAACCUUUUAAGGCUAUGUCCUGUAAAACAUAUCUUUAGAUAACACCGCAUCCAGUUUACUCCAGUCCUUAAAAUUCACAUUAAGGACUGAUCAGGAACAAGAAUGAGAUCAACUUGACUUAAUUGUACAGACAUAUUCUUGAGAUUAAGCAAUGCUUUCUUCUUCAAAUUUCAGUUCUAUAUUGGAAAAAUCACUUCAUACAAGAACCUGGACAACAUACAAAAAUGCAUAAUUUGAGGUAGCUUUUUAUUGCGUGUUAGUUGUUCUUUAUACUGAGUGAAAACAAAUCCAAAAUUAAUUUGGUAUUAAGCUGGAAUUCUGUAUCUGCUGUAGUAUUUCUAGACAUUUGAUUGAUUUUAGUGAAAAACAAGUAGUGUCCAUAUGACAAGGAACUGAUCAUCUGUACAGUAGGUGUCCCAUCAAAUUAUAGUGAAUGAUGCAUUGUGAUCUCUGUCAUAUCACGAGAGAAGAACUUCUUCCAGUGUUGUGAUAACACACACUUGCAGUAAGGGACAGAAAGGAGUGUACACUAGUGAAAUGCACUUAAAUUUGUUGGAGCCUCAGUGUUUACUCUUGGAAUGUCUCUGAAAAAAAAGAAAACUGUCUUGUAUAUGAAUAUGUUUUUUCUUCAAGUACCAGUCAAAGCUUUUAUUUGUAAAUACAAAACUCUCUGAUACAGCUCUUUAAACAAUAGCAGUCCCAGUGAAAAAAGUCAGUUUUCAUCCAAAUAAGUAACAUGGUAACCAUCCAUCCACAGUACCUGAAAUAUUGCUCAGCCUAAUGCAACCUGUUCAGGUAGCAACUGGGAUGACCUGAAGCUUAGAGCAUGUUAUUUUCUUGCUUAAACAUUGGAGAGGUUUUGGGGUAUUUUCUUAUCUCUGUUGUCAAUUAAAGUUAAAGGAGCACUGGAGUUACUUAAAAUAACUAGUGAGAGAGACAUUGUGAAUUAGUUAUGGACCCUCAUCUUACACCCAUGUCUUACAGAGAGCCUCGUCUGUCUGUUUUCCCAGUGCUGCUGUUCAAUAGGGGAUCUUCUGACCAGAUUUCAAGGAGCAAGCUCUGAAGAGCAUGUGUGUUGACUUUUAUUACUCUGCUUGGUGUGCUGUGACUGCAAGCACUGGUACGGCACCCUAGGUGGAAAUGGACUUGUGAGAUGCCUGAGUGACUCAGCUUCUCCUCCAACGAUGGACAAAGUGGGGUGGUGGCUUGUAGUGUCCUUGCUCACUGCAUCUCCAGAAAAAAACUGAUGAAUGAAGUAUUUAGUGUUAGUGAAAACUGGGCAUUUUUUGGAAAUGUGAUAAAAAAAAGAUUUGUAAUCAUGAUGCUAAGAGACGUAACACAAUUGUUUUAUCUGCAGCCAGUCAAUGUACAGUAUUAAAGCCCCUGGAGAUCUUUGAGAAAACCAUUCUGUACUGUGACACCUUAAGUACCCCCUGUGGGUUUAUGUUAUUGAGUUGAGAAGUCAUACAAGGAAUCAGACAACUUGCAGAAGACCAUGGGAUUUAUAUGUGUGUAUGAAUACAAACAGUACAUGUGCUAUUAUCAGUGUCAGGACAUGCCUGCUGACUUUACAAAAAAUGACAUAGAUGUUUUUGAAUAUAUCUUUGCAGCUUCCUGUGGAUAAUGGAAGAUAUUCAGAAGUCUCUCUGUGGAUUAUACAAAUUUUACUCAGUAAUAAUGUAAAACACGAGUCUUGCAAAUGAGAGUUUUGGUUAUUAGUUUAAACAUGUUACAGUAAUUGCUCUGCACUAUUCUGCUACACUGCAGUAUUGGACUAUUCUGAGUUUUUCUUUUGUUGUUUAUCCAGGUUUGGUUUGAUUACAAUUCUGAGUUUUUGUGUAGUUAAAUCCACUUGGUUAGUCUAAAGCUUGUGUUUCCAUGCAAUGUUUACUGUAAAAUCACUUUUUUAACAAAUGAAUAAAAAGAUAAUGAAAAUGAUAAAUAUACACACACACCGUGUGGUGCAUUACACCCAUGUAUAGCAACAUCUUUUCAGGCCUACAAUCUGAGAUAUCAACUCUUAUUUGAUCAACUCAGAAUUUAUGUAUAUAUGUGCACACAUGCAUAAUAUAUACAGUAUGUCUCAUAUAUACAGUAUACUUUAAAUACAGUACAUAUGUGUGUAUAUAUCAUGUAAAUGCUUUUGCAUGUGCAACUGAUAUAUUUAUUAAAUGCAUAAGACUACUUCAAAGUUAAGGCAAACACAACAAAGCUACUGUUUUUAUUAGGAAACAUUUUAGUUACACACAAAGAAAAACAAGGAGCAUGCCUAGAUUGAAUCAGUUUAGAAAUCAAAAUUGCUUACAUUGGUUUAAUUGUAAAAUGUACAGAUUGAUACUGCACAUAGAUUUAUUUUAAAAUGUAGUCUCUGGGUUCAAUAUUCCUGUUUUAUGCUGCAAAGCCGUUUGGGAUUUCUGUGAACAUUGUUUCCAUCUGUCUUUCAUUUCCUGGAGAGGAAUGGGAGGUGCUCUAACUGGGGGGUGGAGUAAUCACAAAUUAUGUUACUAAACCCAGUGGUAGAUUUGAGGCUAGGAGACAGGCACCUGCUCCUAUAGCUUUGUGAUAUGACAUUUCACCCAAGGCCAAAGCAACACUAUGGCCUCCUCUAUAUGGAGGCUCACAUCAGACCUACCAAAAACACUUCUUAGUACAAACAGCUGCCAAAAGCACUGUUCUGUUGCUUGUAUAUCAGAAAAUCAAAGGGGAAGCACAGUACUCACUAAUUAAUCUUCACUAACAAUUAAAUUUUUGCUGAUCACGUAACCUGAUCCUGUCAAAUGAUCUUCACAUUGCGUUACAGUACCCAAUUUCUGGUAUUUUAUUCUGAGCAAGGACAGAGACUUUCAUGGUGUUAUGGACUCCUGCUGAACAUAAAAACAUGAUCGUUAUUUCCUGUAUUUGUCAUUGUAAUAUAAGUUGGUUUUGUCAAGUAAAAUGUUCUGAAUGUUUUAAUGAAUGAAGCACUGUGAACUUUUUCGGAUAUUCUUGCAGGGUGAUGAUUUUGUCCCGUGUUUAUGCCGUUACAAAAACGUUUUAGCCUAGGCAAACCACUUUUUCUUCAAUUAAAAAAAGAGUGUUGUGAAAAUACAUAUAUGUAUAUACAGUACAUACUGUAUAUUCUGCAGGCCUAUCCACCUCUGCAGAUGUUUCCAAACUCUUUCACGGCAAGUUAACUCUUUACUACAGAAGAAAACGUUCUCUAAAAUUUAAGCACUUUUUUUGUGGAACCAUACAGUAUUAAAUUAAGUUGCGGUUUGGCUUUUAUAACGUGCAGUUUUUUUUUUUAAAUCUGUCAAACCAUUUGUAUUCUACAGUGAAUGUGGCCAAACACAAAAUUUAGGAGCAAUUUGUGUACAAGUGGAAUUUAAAAUUUACAUCAGACAUGCUGAAUCUGUUAAAAAAACAGGGAUACUGCAAAGUAACUUCUUACGAAAUGUAACUGUAACAGAAUUAAGCAUAUACGGUGAGACAUGCUUUCUCUUCAAAUACAUUCUCAGAGUGUGCAGAUAUGGUCACGAAGGGGUGUGUUUGGCUUGUUGGGAGACAAACUGACUCAUGUGACAGCUCUGCAAGCUAAGACCCAGGGAAAACAAAAUGUCAGAGGUGAUAUCACUUUGUGCUACUGAUGACACCUUCUGUAGGAUAGCAAAGUCAACAAAUUUCGGCUUCAUCCCGUAGAUGGGAAUGCUUCAUUCUGAAGAGGUAGUGUUACAGUAUGGAAAACAUUAACAGCACCAUCAUAAAAAUAUCAGCCUGGUAGAUGCUAAUCAGGAAAUGUAACAUAAAACAGAGCACUUUAUGCGGGAGCUCUGAUUUUAACCACUAUGAGGAAUUUACAGUAUAUGGCACUAGCAAAAAAAUGUCCAUUGUGGAAAAUAUGGUGCAAAAUUCUUUUUGAUAACGUGUCAGACCAGAAACAUAAAGGGUGCAUCUUGCCAUUUCAUCUAGUUUGACAAGCUCACAAUUGGUGGCAAAACCAGCCUCCGUGAAAAGUUCUACAUAAAGGAAAUCACUGUACUAUACAUGCUGUAUAUCACAGGGCUGUCAAUGUUGCAUGUGCAUGCCUACACUAUUUCAUUCAUGCUGCUCUAGUUUGAUUUUUGAUUGACUUUGAAUGCUUUUUAGAGAAUUCCCUAGCUUGGUUCUUUGAAAGACAUUUUAUGCUAGGGUCGCAAAACAAACUUUUAAUGUAAUGACAGUACUGCUGUUGAGCUGACUAAGCCUUCCCCUGCUUCAUAUAAUACAUCAUUAGUUUUACCCAGGGCUAAAUCAGUGUUGACUGCAAUUCUUUUUUUAAGGCUUGUAAAACAAGAAAGCGAAAACACUGUCAAAAGUUCUGCUUUACGUCAUUGUCUCAUCUCCAUCAUCAACAGUCUGCCUGUAUCCAGACUUUCAGGUUCAACAGGAUGAGAUAUUGUGACCUUUGGGAGACUCUGCCUGAUAGUUUGAGCUGCCACUGGUUUCUAAAGCUGUGAGCUCUUAACCAAGUUGACACUGCAUGCAGGUUGUUCUUAGGUCAGUAUUUGUACUCAUUUCAAUCUUAAUGUUAUAAUUCAUUUGAGUAAGCAGUGUUUACAGCCAGUCCUGUGGAAUUUAAAUAAUUCUCAUGAAAGAACUUCCUGAAAUUGGAAAGUCUGCUUCCACACAUUGCUGUAUGCUUUUUCUGUCUUUCUCAAGAAAACAUCUGUUUGGUUUCUAAAGUGCUUUUAUGUUUUAUUUGUAUUUUUGGGUAGCUUAAAAACAGACAUGACAUAAAUAUAUGUGUAUAUAUAAAGCAUAAAUAACAGGCGAAGUUAGUAAAUUACACAUUUCAGUUGCUAGUUUCUUUUGAACAGGGUUACUUCUUAAAAUUAAACAGUUUUGGACUAAUUGUUUUUAAGACAUUCUUUGCUAACUACUGUAAUUAUACAAACAAUAAAUGUAUUGGUGGAAUUUAUUACAUUAAAAAAUAUUUUCCCCAGCUUGAUGUUAAUUUUGAAAAAGUAAUCCCUUGCACAAGAAACUUGCAACUAUAAUCAAUUAUAUAAUACAUUAAAAUUUAGAAGUAACCUGCCCAGAGCACACCUACUAUAUAAACUGGUAUUUACACACAUAAAAUAUUCAUCUACAGUAUUAUCAUACAGAUUUUUUUUCUGCUUUAUCACUACAAUUUUACAAGGGCUUCCAGUUUGUGAAGCAUUAAAUUGGUAAAAUAGCAGUGGAAUGAAGCUUUUAUUUUCACCCUGGGCAAUGCCCAUCUGUACACUGCAUGCAGCUCUUGCACUUUAGUGCCCUUUACUACCUGCUUCUAAAGCCAAGCCCAGGUUAGUUUAGCUUCCAAGUGCUGAUGAGAUGAAGCCUUCGGGGCUGUAGGGCUACAGUGUGCAUCUUGUGUAGCUUCACCGAAUUUGUUAUUGUACAGCCCUUUUCUCUGUCUACACCUGUUGAUUUUAUUUCUUAAUUCGCCAAUCAAUAUUUUAAAAUUCUGAAUCGCUGGCUAGAGUACAAGAGCAGACAAUGAUCUCCUGCUUUGCUGUACAGUAUGUUGCAGUGUCUUUCCUUUGGUUCAGUGCCAGAGCUCACACGCCCUUAGAGUGAUGGCAUUGAUCACACAACAGGUGCUGAAUAGAUAAAGAGAAAACAAAGCCCAUGUCUGAAGUAUCCUGUUACAAGAAGUAUAAAUGAGUCCCCUGUAUUUUGUUUUUGCUAUGUAUUUUUAAUAGGCAUGGCCAUUAGGAAUAUGAGUUCAGUUUGUUUUACUCUGUAACUAUAAUGAGCCUUUCACGGCAUUAGAAAGGAUACCUUAACAAAUUAAUUGUACAUCACUCAUUCUGUAUUAAUCAGUGACAUUCAUGUACAGUAGCUGCAGACGUCACAUCUUUUCACCCACCCCCAGCGUUCUGGUGUUAUUUAGGUUUUAGUUACUGGGAGGUUACUGGGAGAUGGGAGAUUUUUGGUGAAUCUCCCAUCAAACACAGAGAUCUUCACACAAAUUAUUGAGAUUACAGUGCUCAAUUUCAAGCGGAAGGGGUGACCUUACAAGUGUGGACUGAUGUCUUAAACGUCGCUGUAUCAAUGGAAACAUGCUGAAUGCAACAAGCCCCAAUUAUGUAUCUGAAUUGUUGCCUAGAUGAUAAUUCUAUAGGAAAUGUCUUUAAAAUCUAUAUUUCUAUGUGUGUUUAAAUAUAUAUGCUGUAUAUUGCAUCGGAAAUGAGUCUGUGCUGCAUAAACAUAUUGAUAAACUAUCCAAGCCAAUCUACAAUAGUAAAGCAGCAUGCACAAAAUGGAAAGCUGUUUCAGCAAGACAUGCUUCAGUAGGCCAUUAAAGAGGUGAGAUUGCAGCAUCUUUCAUACUCAACACUGGCACUAGAAUUCAGGUGUUAAAUUGCAAAAAAUGAAAUAAUAAUAAACAUGGUCAAUCUAACUCAGACCUUCAGGAGCCCUUAUCUGUGUGUUCAGGUGCUAAUUUCACCGCUGCAGAGAAGCACAAAACCAAAGUGAGCAAAAAGCAGCUGCUAGGAUGAGAUUCUGCUGUACAAUCAUGGUAGUGUAGAGCUCUUUUAAUAAAGAAGCCUUGUGUAGAUACUGACUAAAUAUAUAAAACUUUAAUGUUUUCUCUGUGUUGUAUUUCAAUGAGGCUUUUGUUUUUGACUUGUGUCCUUCUCUUUUGUGAUGCUGCAAAAUAAAUGAACUAAGGGAAUAUAAAACCCAUUUGUUAGGUAAAUGAGGUGCAGGGCUCAUCUUUUGUUGCAUGUGUCCUUGAUGUGUAAAUAAUGUUUAUUAAUAAAUAUGAUAGAAGUUAAUCUGA